AUCAUUCUCUGGACACGGAAGCAGUAGCGUCAUCUACUUUGGGCGUGUUUAUUUUGUGUUGGCUACCCUGCUCUCCAUUAAUUUUACAGUUUGCAGCUCCAUUCUACUUCUUUGUUGUUCAUCCUUGGUGAGAGAACGCGUUUAAAGAUGGCAAAAGUAAAGUGUUCUGAAUUAAGAACCAAAGAUAAAAAGGAGCUGCUUAAGCAGCUUGAGCAGUUGAAAACAGAAUUGACUACUUUGAGGGUGGCUAAAGUGACUGGAGGAGCUGCUUCAAAAUUAUCCAAGAUUCGUGUUGUGAGGAAAGCUAUCGCGCGUGUGUACAUUAUUAUGCACCAGAAGCAGAAAGAAAAUCUUCGCUUAUUCUAUAAGAACAAAAAGUACAAGCCCCUUGACUUAAGGCCCAAGAAAACCAGGGCUUUGCGCCGUGUUCUUACACCAUACCAGGCUAGCAGGAAAACAUUAAAGGAGAUACGCAAGCGUUCUGCAUUCCCACAGAGGAAGUAUGCUUUGAAGGUGUAACAUGUACAUCUUUAAUAUGCAAAAUAAAAAUUUCCUAAAAUA